CGACAGCAGUCAGAACCAUUUGCUACGCCCCUGGACGAACCCGACCCGCCGGCGAGCGGCGCGGACGUUAGCCUUCCCCGGUUUAUGCAUAAUGUAUGGCUUCCUAUGCGGGGAGACGCCUCCCUCCCGGCUGCAGGUGAACCGUGCGCAGCGCCGGGCAGAGGGAACAACAAAGUGAAGUAACAUGAGCCAGGCGACAGACGUGUGAGCGAAGCCAGGCGGCGGACAUCCAACCUGUGGCGCGCUGGCUCAUCAGCCUACCCGGCCAUGACCGCAUCGCUGAAGCACACUGCCUGUCUGUUACGCCUCGUCGUGGUAACAGGUCUGUUGUUUGUGUGGUGGAGACCAUGCGAAGGAAACGCCCCCAACAAGACGGUCUGCGUCCUGUACGAGGCUUCGCCCAACAUCAGCUGCCUGCUGGAAGGCUACGACAGGAACUUUAGGCCCAAUUUUGGCAAGGAGGCCCUGGUGAUUAACAUGAGUAUGACGGUGGCGAGCAUCGACUCCGUAUCAGAAGUAGAUCUGGACUACACCAUCACCAUCCUCCUGCGCCAGUUCUGGAAGGACCAGCGACUCGCCUACCGUGGGAUGAACAGGAGCCUGAGUCUGGACGGCAGACUUGUCGAGGCUCUCUGGGUCCCCGACACCUUCCUCCUCAACUCGAAGGAGGCCUUUCUUCACAGGGUCACCGUCGACAACAGAUUAAUCCGCCUGUUCCCAGACGGGGAGCUCAUAUACGGCAUGAGAAUAACGUCCGUCCUUGCGUGUAAAAUGGACCUGAGGAAGUACCCGCUGGACGAGCAGACCUGCACACUGGAGCUGGAAAGCUACGGUUACACCAAAGAAGACCUGAUAUUCACGUGGAAGAACGGAAACAAAUCUAUCCACAACCUGGACAAAAUCGACCUGUCUCAAUUCUCGCUCGGUGAUCACAACACGAUGACCGCAGAGUCCGUCUACGAAACAGGUACCUACCCAAGACUUGUGCUGAGCUUCAAGCUGCACAGAAACGUGUUCUUCUUCCUGCUUCAGACCUACGUGCCGUCCAUCCUGCUCGUCAUCAGCUCCUGGGUGUCCUUCUGGAUCAACCACGAGGCGGUACCGGCCAGGGUAGCUCUGGGUAUCACCACCGUCCUGACCAUGACGACCUUCAUCACCAGCGCGCGGGCUUCUCUCCCCAGAAUCUCGUACAUCAAGGCCGUGGACGUCUAUCUGGUCAUGUGUUUCGUCUUCGUCUUCGCCGCGCUUCUGGAGUACGCCUUCGUCAACUUCGAGUCCACCACUUCCAAGCACCGAGCCAGGAAGAGGCUGAGAGCAAGAAAGAACAAAAAUAAAAAGCAGGAGGAGGUAAAGGUCCUGGGUGAGGCCAAGCCGCUGAAGGGAGCCCUGAAGACGGCCGUCACGGAGUCCAACAAGACGGAUGACGACUCGCCCACCUCCCCGGGGGUGGGGUCAACGGCCUCCAGCACGCGCAGAAGAGGCGCGGAGAGACAGCAGACCACGUUCUUCGACGUGGCGUCCAACGUCGUGUCCAACCUCCGCGAGAAACGGGCCGCCUUCAAAGUCGAGAUCAAGGACAUCAACGUCAUCGACAAGUACUCCCGAAUCAUCUUCCCGCUGUCUUUUGUACUGUUCAAUAUUUUCUAUUGGAUCACGUACACGUUCUGAUCGAUGGGGAUACUUGAUGAUGUGAUGAUGUUAUGUACUUGAUGAGAAAAUGUCUUCCGGCGGUACUUUGUAAAUGUAAAAAGGAAUGGAAUUUUGUGCCCUAUCUGUACUGUAUAUAUAUAUGUAUAAGCUGGUGUGAAACCUACUCUGUUUACACUGGUGUUGUCGAUAUAUAGUUGGCUAGCAGGCUGGCUAAGCAGAAUAAGUCUGUGUUCCUAUUGCAGACAGUUUGUGUGUUCUGGAAAUUUCAGUUUGAGACAGUGUCGUGUAAGGCACCACAAGUGUGGCUUAGUGGACGUGCCUCCAGUUGUAUCUAUAGACGUUCAAUAGUCCCCAACCAGUGUUCACCAGAGAUGCAUUAUUCUCAGGAUUCGGUCCAGUAUACAUGUACAAUAAAGGAAAAGUUUUAUUAGCCUUCGGGGCACGGACAAAUACAACAAGUGACAUGGAGUUAAACGCCCUCUGGCAAGAAGGUGGGGUAGUGCAUUGUACAUGAAAAAGACAUUAAAUUGGAAAUCGAUGUCGUAACAAGUUUGUGAGUUUGUGGAGUAUGAUCUAACAGCUUCAUAGGGAGCUACCACCCGUGAACAUAUGUUCCGAUACUUUGGUCAUGAUCCCAAACUUAGACAGAACCCUCUGUUUAUUGCUUGACGAUCUUGUUCUGGACAUGUAGUCAGCAGUGCCACACACCAUGACUCAUUGCAAAUGGAUGGGUGGGAAACAGUCAGCAGACGUGUCCGUAUUCCGGCUUGGUUUGUGAAUCAUCUUAGGUUUCAUUUCAGG